CGCAGAACAAGAGCUUCCAAACCUCUCCACUUCCUGAUCAAACCCAGAAAUCUUGUUUUUGUCGUCGUUUCAACGCCACUGUUGAUGUCCUACUUCGACACCACUCACGAUGCCAUGCUUACUUGAAUGGUCUGACGAGUCUCUCAAAGCCUGGUCGAAUGUAUUAGUUGCAGCAGCUAAACCUGCUCGAUAUCCCCACUUCCCGCAGCUUGAUCAAGACGGCUCCUGGAAAGAUUGGAGUCCCUCUCCGAACCUGCCUGAUCAUGAACCAACUUUCGUAGAGCAACCGCCACAGUCUCGACGCGCUUACCCGGGCGAUAAAAGCGCUAUAGAACACGAGCUCCAUCAACCGCUUCACUAUGGCACACUCACACACGACCAUAUACGGCUUUUGAAGAUUGAUCAUGCUAUGAUGGACGAUGAUGUGCUCCGCGGAUUUGAGCUUGUCACCGUUCCCCUGGAGACAGCCCCAGAGUACGAAGCCUUGUCCUACUGUUGGCGAGAUAUGCGUCUCUGUACCGGCAUAUUUUUCCCUGGAUGUGAUGGUUCUCAGCGCGUAUUACGCAUCACUGAAGAUCUGGCGACUUUUCUCUACGUGAUCAUUCGAUCGCAAGUUCGACCGAGGUACCUUUGGAUAGACCAGAUUUCAAUCAACCAGCAGGACACAAAUGAACGGAACACGCAAGUUAGAUUCAUGGGCAACAUAUACCAAAACGCCUCGCAAGUCCUUGUAUGGCUCGGUCAGCAGUCUGAUUUCCAGCCUGAAAGACAGUCUUUACCGAUGAACCCAGAACCACAUACAGACGUUGGCGGAAUCUCUGUUCUGCAAUGGAUAAUGUCGAGCGCAAUUUUUGCCCGACCUUGGUUUUCAAGAUUGUGGGUGUUCCAGGAGGUUGUACAAGCGAAACUGAUAAAAGUAUUCGUAGGCGACAGUCCACGAACUUGGCAAAGCCUUGACGACCUGGCGCGUUGGUUGUGGGACUCCAAGGAGUCUUCUGACAUGGCUCUCAUCUAUGCAUACAUAAACCCUGUUUUCCUUUACCAUGUUCAAAAAGCAAAAGAGGAAAUCGCAACACAAGGACAAAUGAAUUUGGCACGAUGGCUACCACAGAUUAACGGCAGGCUAAAGUGUCGAGAUGCGAGAGACAAAGUCUUCGCACUUCUUGGAUGCGCAAAAGACAUGUUCCCGGUUGAUUUCGUCGACUAUCGGAAGACAAACACCGAUGUCUUUACAGACUUUGCUAGAAUUCUGAUUGAGAGGACCGAAAGCCUGUCGAUUAUAGCAUAUUUCAACCCGGAGCGAAAUUGCAAUGUUCCCACAUGGGUUACGCAAUGGGACCAAUUCUACAAACUGAGUCUAGAGGGCAUAGAUAGAGAAUACCCUUACUCCGCAUCUCGAGGGCGCGCGCAUAUCACAGUACCUUCGACGAAUGCUCAGCGUCUCACUGUACAAGGCAAAGUCGUCGAUAUAAUCGAAGUGGAUAUGAACCUUCUACGCUGCAACUACCCUACUCACACUAUUGUAGUUCUUUACUCGAAUCUCAUAUCGAUGUUGGAUCAAGUUUGGCCUAAGAUGAGACACGUGUACCAUUCACCAAUCCAACCCAUAGACUGUUGUUCAGUCACAGACUACUACUGUCCCAACUUUGUUCGGGAUGCUGUCGAUGCUCUAUUGUGUCAUGAUGGUCACUCAUUGGACAAGAUAUAUUCCGUAAUUGAGAGUUUAUUAUUUCUUAUCAGAGAUGGAUACAGCCCAAGUGGGUUGUCAGGAGAUAUCAUCGUUGUAUCAAGCUCGCAAUUCAUGCGUGAAAUAGCAAAAUCUGUUGGAAGAAGGUUGGUAAUUCUUCAGAGCAGUAGAAUGGCUAUGGUCAGAGGGGUCGCGCAAGUGGGCGACCCUAUCGUCAUCCUGCAUGGUCUCAACACACCAUGCGUACUCCACAAAACAGAAGAAAAGGGUGAAUGGCAGUUCUGUGGAGAUACCUUUGUAAAAGGGAUUAUGCAAGGAGAAGGCGUAUCUUGGGAGGAGGACCAGGCGGACACUUUCGUUUUGAUCUGAAUCCUCAUACCCGCUACAUCGACUGUGCAUGUGCAAAAGCAAAGUCUAUAGACCAAAGAAACAAUACGGUUGGUGCUGACGAACUAUCCUAUUCUUCACAAAGUAUCAGGCUCAGAGCGUGGUAUCAACACCACGUCCCGUAACAAAGUCCUUGACAUGACUGCACCAGCCCUUAAGAAAACACAGCACACUUUGGACUCAAGAGCAAAACUGUUCAUGAUGACAGGUAUCAUGAGAUACCAGACCAGAUAAU